AUGCCUCAAUUACGUUUCAACCAAGAAGAAUGCAGAUGUUUCACUUGUUCUCUUAAUCCUUUGGGUUACGACAUUGUCCACAGACAUACAGCUCGUAUCCAUCGAGAAAGAGAUCUUCUACAAUUAGAGACAUUCGAUGAUGCUGUUCAUCAUCCUGAUGAACAAGAAUUAUUCUACGAUGCUAACGACGAAAUCGUUAUCGAUAAUAGUAUCGAAGAAGAAGAAGAAGUUGAUGCAUUAGAUUACAUGGCUGGUGAAAUAAGCCUUGAAGAUAAUGCUAGCAACAAUAGAGUCGUUGAAAGUGAGCAGCUUUUCAAUAUUGGCUCCAAUGAAGCUCUCCCUUUUUUCAUUAUGAUUUUCCUUGUCUUUUUUCAAAUUGGGAAUCUUUCAGUUAAAUCUUCUGAGCUUUUCCUAAAUUUUAUGAAUGCCGUUCUUAGCUUGCUUGGGUAUCAUUAUAAGCUCCCUACAAAGCUUCAAACUGUUAAGUCAAGAGUAAGCGCGGACUUUGCCAUUAGAG